AGUUACAGGUAAGAAAAAGGAGAAACCGUACAGAAGAAGAAGAAAAAAGCAGAGUCGAACUCAGAUUGAGACGCAUACAUAUUACCCCACGUCCAAUUCUUUCCCGGUCCUCUCUCUCUCUCUCUCUAACUUUGUCAUCUCUCUCUCUCUAACCCAUUUCCCUCUCUUGCUUGUGCCUUUUCAAACGCUUGAAAAAACAGCAAUUACAGCACAAAAAAACACGCUCAGAACCUUCUCUUCUAUUUAUUAUUCAACUUUUUUCCCAUGCCAAUGGCUAGCAUAUAUACCUCCUCCAAAUUCCCUCAAGUUGCUCGAUUCGGAUACCCUUUCUGAACUUAUUUCCAUUUUCUCUUCACUACUUAAUGGAGGUUCUGGAAUACGAUACUACAACCAUCCUAACUCCCAAUAUUACUACUACUAUUGCUACUCCAAUGAAGCACCAUCACCGUGAGAACGUUCAAUGGCUCCGGUGUUCCGUACAGAACUACGAUUGGGGUCAAAAGGGUCGCGACUCUCAUGUCGCCAAGCUCUUUGGUCUCAAUUCCGACUCCCCAAUCGACCCAGAUAAGCCUUACGCUGAGUUCUGGAUGGGCACCCACGAGUCUGGGUCGUCGUUUCUGGUUUGCAAUGGGGAAGAUAGCAAUGGGCAUCUGUCGUUUGAGUCGGAGAGUGAAAGCCUCAAGUCCUGGAUUUCGAAGAACCCUAAUGUGCUUGGAGAGAAAGUGGUCCAGAAAUGGGGUAGUGACCUCCCUUUUUUGUUUAAGGUACUUUCAGUUGGCAAAGCAUUGUCAAUACAGGCUCACCCUGAUAAGGAACUAGCCAAGGCUUUGCAUAAGUUACUUCCAAGUCUUUAUAAGGAUGAUAAUCAUAAACCUGAGAUGGCUCUCGCUAUAACUCAAUUUGAGGCUCUAUGUGGGUUCAUCAGUAUCCAGGAGCUCAAGUCUGUCCUUCAGAAUGUUCCUGAGAUUGUAGAAGUGGUUGGCAUCUCAGAUGCAAAAAGAAUUUUGGAGAUCAGUGAUCAAGAUGGGGAGGAGAAAGUAAAAUCUUCUCUGCGUUCAACUUUUACGAAACUCAUGUCAGCUAGCAAAGACAUGAUUGUAAAAGUAACGUCCAAAAUGAUAAACCGUCUACACUCAGAAAGUCAGGUUCGGCAGUUGACAGAUAAGGAACGGCUGGUUUUGGAGCUAGAAAAGCAAUAUCCAUCUGAUGUUGGUGUGAUAACAGCCUUCUUUUUUAAUUAUGUGAAACUUAAUCCUGGUGAAGCUUUAUAUCUUGGAGCCAACGAACCCCAUGCAUAUUUAUUUGGUGAAUGCAUAGAAUGCAUGGCGACUUCAGACAAUGUUGUGAGGGCUGGUCUAACUCCCAAGCACAUGGAUGUGAACACUCUUUGUUCCAUGCUCACAUAUAAGCAGGACUUCCCUGAAAUACUGCAAGGAAUUCCUAUAAAUCCGCAUGUUCGAAGGUAUCUCCCGCCAUUUGAUGAAUUCGAGGUUGAUUACUGUAAUCUUCCCGAGCAGGAAUCAACCGUGUUUCCUGCGGUCCCGGGUCCUUCCAUACUAUUGGUGACCCUUGGUGAGGGAAUUAUGUAUUCCAAUUCUCCAAGAGGAGAUGUAAUUAUUGAAGGGGAUGUUCUAUUUAUACCUGCAAACACUGAGCUUAACAUAACAAGUGCUUCUGGGUUGCAGCUAUACAGAGCUGGAGUAAACAGCGGCUUCUUCCAACCCUCCUGAUACCAUACACACACAACACCAGCACCUUUUUAUUUAUUUAUUUUUUCCUCUCUCUCUUUUAUUUAUUUAUUUUUUUGCUUUCGGCAGUAAUAAAUUAAAUUUGUGUCUUAAUUGAUGUAUUUGUUGUGCCGUUUAUAGAUGUAUAUUUAUAAUUGUAUGAUUAAUAACAUUAGCAAUGUAAUGUGGUGUACAUGCACGAGUAAUGAGAUACAGUGAAAGUUAUACACUUGUGAUAGACUA